AUGUUUGAGUGUUGGAGAAUCUUAUAUAGAACAAUCACAUCCCAUUCUUACUAUAGUUUACCUCCCUUUGAUCAUAUACAAAAUGUUGUUGUUUUUUUUCAGACAAAAGAAUUAUUGAGGAAAGUUUACCAAUUCUUUGUGGGAGAGAAGGAGAAAAAUAAACCAUGGGCACUUCAAAAUCCCAUUAAAAGACUAGUAAAGGCAACAGGGAUUAAACCAACAACACUGCGACGUUAUGUCCAUACAGAUGCCAGUGAUGAUGCUGUGCAGGAUGUGGUGAAGGCAGUUCAUAAGGCUGCUGUCCAGAAAACUGUCAAGAAGAACCAGAAGUUGGAUGAUUUCGACAAAGGUGUGGUGAGAAGGACCAUCUAUGAUCUGCACAAGAAAUCCCAGUCAGUGACCAUGCCAAGUCUGCAGCAAGCUCUGAAAAAGAAAGACAUCGACGUUUCCAUAUCAACAGUGUCGAGAACAGUGCGUUUACUGGGGUUUCGGUUCUACAAGAAUGCGUCAAGCCGAAGAUUUGUGUCGGAGAGGGAGGACAUCGUUCUCAUGAGAAUGACAUAUCUUCGUAAGAUACAAAGUGUAGGUACAUGUACAUGCAACUAUUUUACUGGCAGUUUCAGAACUGAUACAGCUUUAUACAUGGGAACUGUCUACAUUUCUUUACAGCUCAGGAGGACUUUCUUAACAUACCUUUGUUUAAUCUUCGGUUACUGAUUCUUUGAUAACAGUUUCUGGACAGUUAGUUGAGUGAUUGCUAUUAACCCAUCCUGUAUACAUUAAAUCAACAUCUGUGAUAUAGUUUCAACAUCUGUGAUAUAGUUUCAACAUCUGUGAUAUACCCUACUUUCAACAUCUGUGAUAUACCGUAGUUUCAACAUCUGUGAUAUACUGGUUUCAACAUCUGUGAUAUAUAGUUCCAACAA